AUGGGGGAGUGGGUUGUUGGGGCGUUCAUCAACCUAUUUGGUAGCAUUGCCAUCAACUUUGGGACCAACCUUUUAAAACUCGGACAUGAUCAGGUAAAUUGUGCUUUCCCCUUCUCUGCAUACAUGUGCUGACGAAUUGAUUCAAAGUCAGGAUCUAUGAAGGAUAUGGAAACAUAAAAUAACCGCUUGAUCUAGUAUUCUUUCCUUGCGUGCGGAAAACGCGGAUCUCACCCAUAGAUAAGAGCAUGAAUGUCUACAUGAAAGUAUAGUCAAUAUCCCAUCGACUACACAAAUAUGCUGUCUGUCCCUAAUCCGUUUGGGGAGCGGGAUGGAGUCUCUAAAUUCCUGAUUUAUGUGAGAUAAAAGUUCCUAGGCUACAAUUCUUGAUUAGAAGAAAACCCACCCAGACGAUCAAAGGUGUCAUAAACCGAGUCUCCUUGAUAACUAAAAAUCACAGACGAUUGGGAGAGCAAGAUGGAGAAUCGUGCAAAAAAAAAAGACAGUUAUUACUUUACUUGAUAGAUCAAAGAUAGGCUGCGUGUUUUUAUUUGGGUCUUUUAUUCUCCACCUGAUCCUAUGCCAGUCAUGAUACUACAACAGGUCCUCGUGGAUCAGUUUUAUCUAAAAAAAUUGGAAUUUCCACGGUUGUUUCUUUCAACAUUCUACUCCCGCCUCGACAGAUGCUGGAAAUCCAACAUCCCAAUAUUAAAUGGGAGAGUUUCAUGUGUCAUAUAGAAAAGUAUUCCUCUGAUUUAUCUGUUAGCGAUGAUAGCUCCCCUGGUAAUGAUCUGCCAAAAAUCUAAUCCAAACUUCUUUCUCUUCUGAAUAACAUUAUCGACGUUAAAAAAUUCGCUGAUCUGAAAGUGAAACUUCAGCUCUUGAAAUCUGCGCUCUAAAGCCACACUUUCUCACUGUUUUGCUUUUGCUUCUGGCUGAAACACAUAAUAAUUUUGCAGGCCUAAAAAGGCAUCCCUUGUCUGAAUUUUAUUCUCAGAAAGAUAUGGACAGCACUUUCCUCCCUCUCAAAAACCCUUCACCGUCACUAACCGUCAAAGCCAAAGUUCAUACUUCAUUGCUCAUUUUUUCAGUAUCACCUGUUUGCUGCCCUCCUCAUAGUUUCCUAAUUUUUUUCUUUAAUUAUUCUUGGUACUUGUUGGCUACUUCUCAAAUAUCAACCCUUCUACUGUUAGAUCGUAUUGGACAGCGUGUUGACUCAGUUAUUUGAAGCGUCACCCGAUAUCAUGUGCCUCAAAUCCGUCACUCUGUAAAAUGCAUCCUGUUUCUUUUUCCCAGGUUUUCAGCAGAUUAGUGUGAUUUUUUCCUUUUUCAACUUCCUAACCGCUUUUUGGUAAAUUCUGCAGUAAUUGGAGACAGAAAAUUGUGGACAUUUCCCUGAAUUUUCAUCACGAAUUCCAUGAAUUCUUAGCAAAGGUUUUCGUUUUUUCUUAGCCUCCAGUCCAAAGUUUUAGCAACUUGCUGACCAAGAUCAUAUUACUUGUUACAUUUUUUUUCACCUAUGCUCUUAUCGGCCAAUUGUAUGGCACUAUGCCAUCUUAGGCUGCAAUGGAACGCAUCUAUGAAUUGCGUCAAGGUUUCCCGAAGAGAUCCCUUCCCUGUACUCAAUUUUUCCUGGUUAUAAGACCAGAAAAUGGUCAAAACGAGCUAUAUACAGUUGGUUAUUUUUAUUCUACGUCUUACGAGUCUUCAUUCAAAGGUGUAUGUUCUGUACUUUUCACCUUCAUAUCUUGGAGAUUGUCAUGCGCUAUUUUUGUUGUCUUUUGCAUUGGAGUGAAACACUUAAUGCUGUUGCAGCGAGAAAGGCUUUCUAUGCUGGGCGGUGACGGAAGCAACAGGGUUGCAUUAAAGCCAAUUAUACAUUUUCACACGUGGAGAGUUGGUGAUGUUCUAAAUUACUCUCUUGCUGGUGAAGACACACUUGGCGUUAUUUUGAAAGAAUCUGAUCCCAGAGGAUUAACCUGCAGGAAUUCUCUUCUUUGUUCUCGGGAAUUGCCUCAACUUCAUUUCUUUUGGAUAUGCUGCGCAGGCAAGUAGUAAUACAUCAUUGCUAUCACGCAUUCCACUGGACUGAGUUAGUACUUCCUUAUUAACGUAAAUUCUUGUCAUUAUGCCUGAUGGGACGCCGUAAAGCCGCUGUCAGUUACCUUAGUGGACCUUGCAAAUAUUUUUUUUCUUUGCUAAACUUUUAAAUUUGAAGAGGCCUAUAGUAAAUAUGGGCAAGAUUCCGGCAGAUAUGAUCCAUGAGGAGCGUUUGCCAGUUUGAUGGCUGGUUACUUGUCAUGCAAUUUCCCCAAUGGAUAACACAGACUCUAGGAAUCAGAAUCCUAGAGAUAGAUAUUUUUUUGUUCGAGACUGGAUUUUAGAGGAAUAGAUAACAGAAAUCAAAGAACCGGCAGCUUUGAAUAUCAGAUUUAUCUAUGAGGAACACAUUUACCCAUUAACUUCUAUGCCGCAAGCGCUGGAACAGGCGAAAAAAUUACAAUUUAUUCGGUUCAUCUUUAGCAUACUAAUUACAUAUAACGUGGCAACACUGUGUUGUGCCCACAUUGAAUGAGAACGUGCUGCGUUAUUGACUUGAUUCAUCUGAUUUUCCUUCAUCUACUGCUCAUAACGAGUGUUGGGUCGAGCUAAUUUAUGCUAUCAAGUUUUUUAACGUCUCAUUAGAUAUUUGUGUGGAUAGUGGGUGGCUAGGCCCCUUUUUUUUGUAUUUUAGAUGGUCUCUCUCCACCAGGGACCCUUUUAUUCAAUUUUAAGGCGAAGCUGAGCAUUUUGAACAUUUAUUUGAUCUGACAGUGUAAAGACAGGUUUUUUUUUUUUUCUCAAUUAAAUUCGUUUACACAUUCGUUCACCUCUUUUUGCAGUCGCUCCUCGCGGCCCUGGGAUCCGUUCAAUUCGUGUCUAAUAUUGCAUUCUCCUAUUUUGUCUUGACCAAGAUGGUAACAGUCAAGUGAGCCCAUCUGUAAAUCACAAAUCGUUUUGCUUAGUGGACUUUGCAUCUUAGACUGAUCCUUCAUCUGUUGAAUGGAUGAACUAAUGGAUGAAACAAUCUUCUUUUCAGGGUUAUGAUUGCAACAGCCUUUAUUGUUUUCGGCAACGUUUUCCUCGUUUCAUUUGGCAAUCACCAGUCUCCUGGUAUCAUCAUCAUCCUUGCUUGCGUAUAUUUGCAUCAGCAGCCCUUGCAACGGGGCAUUGCCAUUAUAUGACACUAUCUUUUGUGAGGACGACAACAGCGUUCUACAUGUAAACGAGCCAAUAGAUGAUUUUUGGUAGAUUUUCUUUUCAUGCUUGUCCAUAUUUUCCAGUUUUCACACCGGAGCAGCUAGCGGAGAAGUACAAGAAUCUCGUCUUCCUUCUUUACUGCUUAACUUUGGUGCUGGUAGUAGCAGUGAAUCACUACAUUUACAGGUAAACGUGUUACUUACCGCUGGAUGGAUACUCAUGACCUCUCAGUCCGCGUCCCACCCACGUCACAAGAUUUCUCUGUUCUCGGGAAGAUCUUCCAUAAUUUCAUCGAUUUCUUAAGAUUCUAGCCGCUGCGGCAACUCCCUCCUCUGACGAUCGAUACUAUGUGAAUCAUCAUCAACAGGAAAGGUGAAAUCUCUGUUUCAGCCUCCAGCCCCGAGUUCAGCCCGUAUUGGCACACGCUGCUGCCCUUCUCCUAUGCCAUAGUCUCCGGUGCAGUGGGCUCAUGCUCCGUCUUAUUUGCCAAAUCUCUGUAAUCCCCUACUCUCCUCUCGGAAUGAUGCAGUUUCUGGUACCCUCUAAGAUAUAUAUGUUAAGAUAUUUAUAUAUAUAUAAAGUUAAAUCCCAAUUCUUGCCACCUAUUGGCUUUUAUUUCAGGUCAAAUAUGCUGAGACUGACGAUGUCAAGCAGUUACCACUUGCACAGCUGGUUCACCUACUCCAUGUUUCUCCUGUUUCUCAGUACAGCAGGAUUUUGGGUAAUGCAUUUUGAUAAUAUACGCUGAUUGCCUUGAAUCAAGCAGUGACCGGCCCGGCCACCUGCUUAAUGUUUUCGUGCUAGAUCAUUUAUUUGUUUAUUUAUUUUAAAAAAAUCCAUCUUCCACAGAUGGCGAGGCUGAACGAGGGCCUGUCGCUGUUCGAUGCAAUCCUCAUCGUCCCCAUGUUCCAGAUUUCUUGGACCUUCUUCUCUAUCUGCACGGGAUUCGUCUACUUUCAGGAGUACCAGGUGGGGACCAGUCAAGUCCUUUUCCUCCCUCCCCGCACGAGUUCAUCUCGCAGAGACCCUAUCUUACUGCUUACUUGCUUCUGGAAAUUAUUAUUAUUAUUAUUGCUGUUUGAUUACCAGGUGUUCGAUGGAUUGAGAACAACCAUGUUCGUACUGGGCAUGUCGUUCGUGUUCAUCGGGAUUUCACUAUUGGCCCCCGACGACUACUCCAAAGGUGCUGCGCUCCUCUCAGCGGGAUUUCGUGCUAUUAAUCCUCCUCCUGGGGGAGUAGGAUCGGAUUUUAUCUCAUCUGAUCUGACAGAGUGGAUGUGUAUGUAUGAUCCUUGAGUAGGUGGAGAUGCUAGAGAUGCUAGAGAUGCUUAUCCUGCUUCCUCCUUUGCUCAGGGGAUUCCGGCGGAUGCAAACAGGUGCACAAAAACUUUUUAUUUAUUUAUUAUUAUCUUCUCUCACUAGCUGUAGAGUUUGUCUUGAGUGAUAUAUACGGUUGGUUGUUUUGAUUAUUUUCAUGAUCUUCCUGCAGGCUGGGGAAGCAGCGAAAUGAUGACGCCGAGCCCAAGGAUUCAAGGCUCCUCUGGUGGCCUCUGCGGGCAAAGGCUGAAUCUUUCCUCUCCAAGGCAAAGGUGAUUUUAGUGGGCAUCAUCCCUCUCUCUCUCUCUCACACACACACUCUUUCUCUUCGAUGUGUAGAUUUUAGAUUGACCCAGUAGAUCAAAGCAGUUUCUUGAUCUGACCCACCGGCGAACAUGAUCCCAGUAGUCAUGAUUCCACCUGAUCUUCCUGAAUUCCCGCAUAAUCUCUCUCUCUCUCUCUCUCUCUCUCUCUCUCUCUCUCUCUCUCUCUCUAUUUAUCUAUGCAUGUAUGUAUGUAUCUAUCUUUCUAUCUAUCCAUCUCCUGUGGUUGAAGAAGGAUCUGGGGUGUGCUCUGGAUGCAGGCGGCCUGCUCUCUCUCUCUAGGAUUGGGGGAGGAAUCAAUGCACGCCUCAUCAGUGCUGGUGAUGCCAAUGGUGUCGUCGAGGACGACGGGCUUCAGAGGGACCACCAUCUUCAGCCGGGCCAGGUUCGGCCCCCUGGACGAGGACCACUGGCCGGCGUUCUCCAUGGACAUCAUCGACCAUGAGCCCCCCAACGACGCGACCUUGCUCCUCCCCCGACCUUCUUCCUCCUGA